CAGGGUCUGCGGGAUGAACCCUGCGAACUUUAAGCUCAGUUGGCAGGUUAUGCGGGGACGCACGCAGCAGGCUGCGCAUGCACGACCUUGCGUUAUAAAUGACCAGGGUGUGUGAACGAAUUUUGGGGAUUUUUUUUUCCAGCUUUUUACCUAAUAUGGCGACACCCUACGUCCCUUUAUAGUGAAUGCAGCGGGGUUGCCUCGUUUUAGCAGUAUGUGCGCAAAAUACACAAUCUCAGCGGUUCGGUCUUGUAUUUUAGAGCAAGAAAUUGCACCAUAACUUGACUUUGUGUGCACCAUUUUUUUAAUAGACUGUGUAUGGAGAUGGAAUGGUGUAUUCGUGCCUUAAAUGUCAUAGUCAACUGCCCACUGUCAGCGUCGUCCAACGCAGAUUUUAAUAUAUUUUAAUAUAUUUCAUGGCGUUUUCCUGGUAGUUGAACAUCCUUGCGCAGCUCAAAUCUCAGGAAGGGCGGUUCUUAUGUAAAUCACUCAUUUGAUUGGCCGAGGGAUCGCCCUAGCAACCGCUUGGGCAACGUUCCCGGGGCCUAUCAUGUGUCUCAUGUGAAUAACUUUAAACUGAAACGGGCGCGGCGGAGCGCGACUGACGGGACGUUCGUCCAAUCACGUAGCGUCCCGGAUCAGUAGUAGCCAAUAGCGUCCCGCGGAACACCGUAGGGGUGGAGUCGGGCGGAGGUCAUUUUUUAGCAGAGUGCGCACUUGCACAAAACUCUCCUUCCCUCUUCGCCUGGUAACUUUCUUGUCCCGGAGAGUUAAAUCAGGUGCAAAACAUUUUACUUUUAACGCUAUUUAAAAAAAAAACAAAAAAAACGUAUCACCUUAUAAUACUUUUUAAAUACGUCUUGCGCAAUAUCAGUGGAAGUUUUACUCAGUAUGCGCAAGUGCUCGUGAAGAAAAUCAACGUCAUACGUUUCUCUGCAAAACAGUCAUGUUCAGAACCGUGAGCAAGACGACCGCGGACGAUGUUUCAUCGAGAUGUGUUGAGUUUAUCAAGGAUCAACUGUAUUUCGCCAUAUUGAAGCAAAAGAUCAAGAGCACGGCCGAACGACACUGUUUCUGCAUAGAUGAGGAGCUGGCGUACGAGAACUUCUAUGCGGACUUCGGUCCCCUUAACCUGGCCAUGUUUUAUCGCUUCUGCUGCAAGCUGACAAAGAAGCUCACGUCCAUUACGCUCUCGAGGAAGAAGAUCAUAUUUUACACCUGUGGAGACCAGAAGAAACAAGCCAACGCAGCCUACCUAAUCGGCUCGUAUGCGGUAAUGCAUCUAAACAUGAUGCCAGAAGAGGCCCACAGUCUGCUGGUGUCGAGGAAUUUAACAUAUAUCCCAUUCAGAGACGCUUCAUUCGGAUCCUGCAUGUACAAUCUGAACAUCCUAGAUUGCCUUCGCGGGGUUCACAAGGCUCUGCAGUACGGCUGGCUCGACUUCUCCAACUUUGACGUGGAAGAAUACGAGCACUACGAGAGAGCAGAGAACGGAGACUUGAACUGGAUCAUUCCAGGAAAGUUCCUAGCGUUCAGUGGGCCUCAUCCAAAGAGCAAAAUAGAGAAUGGGUACCCUUUGCACGCUCCAGAGGCCUACAUCCCGUACUUCAGGAAUCACAACAUCACCACCGUCAUCAGACUCAACAAGAAGAUGUACGACGCCAGGCGCUUCACAGAAUCCGGCUUUGAGCACCAUGAUCUGUUCUUCGUGGACGGGAGUACGCCGAACGACUCCAUCGUCAGGAAGUUCCUCAACAUCUGCGAGAACGCAGAAGGAGCCAUCGCCGUCCACUGCAAAGCUGGUCUGGGGAGGACUGGCACUCUGAUUGGCUGCUAUAUGAUGAAACAUUACUGCCUGAGUGCUGCAGAGGCCAUUGCCUGGAUACGGAUCUGCAGACCCGGGUCCAUCAUUGGGCCUCAGCAGAACUUCGUUGAAGACAAGCAGAACAGUCUGUGGGCAGAGGGAGACGUCUUCCGGGAGAAGGUGCAAAAUGAACGCGAAAACGGCAAAGUGGCCGUCACCAGGAUCCUGUCCGGAGUGGAUGACAUCACCAUCAACGGGAGCAACAAGAACCGGCCGUCCAACACAGAAGAAACGAACCGGUACGACGACGAGGAGGAGAGAAACGGCCUCACACAGGGUGAUAAACUGCGAGCCCUGAAGAGCAAGAGGCAAGCCAGAUCGUCCUCGGGUUCACUAUCACAAGAAGAGAAUAAGAUUCACACCAGGUCGUCAUCACAGUCCCUCAGCAGGGUCAUAUUGCAUUCCAGUGUUCAGGGCUGCAAGGCCAGCAUCAACCCCUUGGCUCUGUCCGACCAAUCAGACAGCAGGAAGAGGACCAGAACCUCACUGCCAGCCAACGGAGUAGAAGGAAGCUCCCUGUGCCACACCAGACUGGUCAGGUCUCUAGGCAACUUGCAUGUAGUGGCCGGCGACAGGGACCCAAUGUGUUGGGAGCCGUAUGGCAGCCGUAGAGACGCAGCCAGCGCCGCAGCCACCGCGGGCACUCUCAUCAACUUAAACAUGGCACAGGUCCACCUGCAGACGCACCGUCUCCAGAGGACGUAAAGCUCGUAGCUCUUUGCAAUCGAAUCGAUUUUCUAGGCUAUGUCACUCCAUACCCAAAGCUAGACCUCCUCUCCUUCGGUGAGUCUGCGGAUCUGGAAAUCCCGAGGAACUUUACAUGGAACCCAUCUUCUAUAUAACCGUACUACUCGUUCACAUUUAAGUUUGGAACAAACUUUAACCAACUUGAUGUAACACAUAAAUCAUUUACAGAUUGUGAUUACAAGUUUAUUUUACCCGUAAGGCACUUUUGGUUUUUAUACUUUUUAACAAAUCAUGAAACAUACCGAUAGUUUUAAUCGUUGCCUGGUUGUUCCUACUUAUUGAAGCAUGCAGUAGCAAACAUGUGAAUCCUACAUAUCUUCCAAAAUGAGCACUGUGCUGCAGAUAUUCUGGUUCAUGAAACAGUUUAUAUUCAGUUAAAACAGAUUGUGGAUGAGGUAAGCAGGAGAACAUGGCCCUCCAUGGAUGUAGUGAAAACAUCAAGUCCAUCCCAGAAUACAGAACUGUGCUCAUGUUGCUCAUUAUCUGGCAUGCCAUCACUUGUGAAGCUCUUCAGCUACUGUAUUACAAGACUGUAAAUAUGUCAACAUUUGAUAUACUCAGUUUGUAUUUUUUUAAUAUUUUGUACUAUGUUUGAAUCAUGCUAUGAAAUACAUCAACGGUCCUAAUGGGGCUUUGUUUAACUCAUGUUCAUAAUCCACUGAAGACAUUUGCUUUAAGCACAUAGAAUCAGACUUUUUAAAUGUACUCCCAAGUAUUUCUCUGGCCCUUGGUCCGUGUACCAUGCAAUAAAUGCAUUCAAAUUUCAA